AAAAGCCCCAUAACCUAUGAUCAAAGUCAGUUCAAAAACCCCCCAAACCAAGAUUUUAAUUUGAUAAAUAAUAACAAUUCACUCCUUCCCCGCAAAGCUUCCAUUGAUGGGAAAUGCAACCGCCGUUCCCCACCGCCCACGGCGGCUUCAUUCCGGCAAAGUCAUACUCUCCGACGGCUCCGUUCACGAGUACCACGAACCGCUAACAGUGGCGGAGCUCAUGUUGGAGUACCCGCAACACAUGGUGAUUGAAUUCCCGCCAAAUAUGAGUACUACAAUUGAUCGGAGGAGAAAGGACGGGGUUCAGCCUCCGCCGCCGAAGCGGCCGUCUCCGUUGCCGGCCGAUAAGAAGCUGGAGAUGAACAAGGUGUAUUUCAUGGUUCCAGUCAAGAGAUCCGGCGCCAACAACAAACCGACGCCGGCGUUAUCCGCCGACGAUGCCCGGAGGAUUCUGAUGAAGGCCGAGACGCUUAUUAUGUCUUCGCCGUCGUUGGGUUGUAGUUUCGAGGGGAUUCUUCCUCUGCUUGUGAGGAUGGUCAGCGGCGGCGCCGUAGGCGGCGGCGGAGGCGGGAACAAGACGGGUUCUGCGGGUAAAGGAGGGCGGUUUGGUGAGAUGUUAGGAGCGGAGGACGAAAAGCCGGCGGUGGCGGGGGUGGCGCCGGAGUUUGUGAUGAUGAGCAGGAGUGUAUCGGGGAAAGGAUGGAAACCAAGUUUGGAUACCAUCACGGAGAAAACCGUUCAGGCUAAAGUACGCCAUUGGUUGUUUUGAAGAUUAUUAAUUAAUUUCCUGAUCAUCCUAAUUGAAUUUACCUUUUCAUUUCAAUUGAUGGUUAGCUUUCUUGUGGCGUUGAUGAAAAUCCUGUUUAAUUAAGGUAAAGAAGAAAGAAGAGAUUUGAUGCCGCCAUAUGUUAUUUGUUGUUUGCUGCGCAUCAUAGUAGUAUUGCUGUAUGUUAAUGGAUCUUCUUUCUCAUCAGCUAUUACAUUAGACUUUUAAGAUUUCAUCAUUAUCUUGAUACUUUUUUAUUUUUUAUUUUUAUAUUCU